UUCCCAGUAAUAAAGACAGAUCAUUGUUUCCCUUGUGGAAACAAUUCCUGGACUUCAGCCAAGCAAGUCAUAAAUACAGAUCGCAGUGUAGCAAUGUCAGAAACGGCAAACCCUUCUGGCACUCUCUGCAGCAAGUGUGGUUUUGAAAUGCUGUUUUGCAGCUAUAGCUAGAAGGAUGAUUCACCCUCCCAGCAGGGCUGUGACUUGCUUUUGCAUGUUUCAAGAGGCCAGCUAGCUUUAUAAUGACCUAAUUGCAUACAGUGCACCUCCCAGAAGGUUUCUCUGCAAACUUCUGAGCAAAGCAGCAGAGGUGUAUAUAAAAGAGGAAAGUCCUUUCGGGACGAUGGCGACCGGCUCCCACCAGCUGUUCCUCAUGGCUGCAGACUUAACACUGGCUUCCGCCCUUUCCUUUGUCCUUUAUGUGCUUGGCUGCCUUUUCCUUGCGAGCCUCUCCAGCUUGGUGAUCUUCCACUUCUCCUUUGGGCUGCUGAAGAGAGCAAAGAGGAAAGCAAAGAGGAAAAUCAGCCUGAAAUGGAGAGCAAUCCUGAGCCUGGUUUCUCAGAACACCAUCGGAGGGAUGCUUGUGAAGAAAUUAAACCGAGCAAGUUCUGGGUUGCUGGAGGUGCACCGCUCCUCAGAGGGAGAAAGGGCAUCUAUGCUGAAGAAGGAAAGCUCCUCAAACACCAGGGUGACACGACUCACAGCAGGAAUGCCUGGAGUGCUGAAGAAUCCUGCUGUCGCGUUCCAGGAAGAGAAGGCAGAGACACGAAAUCAAUAUAAGCAGAAGAAUGGUAUUUUGACACCUGCUGUCAUCAUUGGCCUCCUUUGGACUCCAGUGACCACUGUGUUCUCACGCCUGAAGAACAGAAGUCCCCAGAUUCUUACAACCCUCUCAAAAUCUCAAGAGUGACGGGUGAAGCUGACUAGGCCUGUAACACAGAGAGACUGGUGGAGCUUGCUCAGCUUGUGAUGUGCAGAUGCAGAAUUUGAAUGUGUGGAAACCAUCCAUUGCAAAUAGGGAUGACGAGAAAAUUGCCGCAAUUUGCAUGUUCACCUACAAUUCCCAAAACAAAAUGCAGUUCUCCUUUGAAAUUCUUUUAUAUUUAUAUAUAUUAAUUUUAUUAGUUUUCCAAAUUAUAACAAAUUGAUCCAAAUUAUUAAGAUUUAAUACAACUUUAAAAAAAAAAAAUAGCUUCCCGCUCCUGUUACAAUCAUAUGUCCGUUGCUUCCUGAUGUUGCCACUUCAUUCUUCUUCUUUAAUCACCUUCUCAUCCGUCUGUUAAUUUUAAUCCAUUUUCAAAGCUGACCUUUCUUGUUCCCUUGCAAUCAGCACCUUUGUUGUUUCGCAAACAUAUAGAUAUCCAUUUCAUGCGUGUAGUCCUUCCAGCACUCUGUUCCCAAACCUGGAGUGUAGAGAUAAUUUAUUGCCACCGUCCUUUGUCCAUUCACACUCCACUCCUUUGAAAACAUUCCUUCAGUUGUUCAAGGAGUUGCUGGGCUAUAAAUAACUUCCUGACAAGAUGCCUGCUCCGCCAUUUAUGUCUGCCAUUAAAAUUCUGAGGAUUAUUUUCCUCAGUCCGCAGUUAAAAAACAAAGUCACAUAUAUAAACUCCUGCCAGAUGUAAUUAGCAGUCCUUCAUCUUGCCAAAUUCCUCUCUCCUCCACUCCAGGUCUAGUCCAAAGAUGAUUUGAAUUGCGUCCAUUUAACCUCGGUCGAAAUUCACACUUCUCCAAAUGUUGUGAUGCUGUCCCACAGUGAAAUAAUUUGUGUAUGAAGAUGUGCAUGUUGGGGGAAGGCGUACAUAAAAAUGCAGCUGUGAAAAUAAAAUAUCAAAUGCAUACAGGGGGAAUUGCUUGCCAAAAUGCCGAUAUUAGUUUGAAUGCCACACAAAAUGGUGUCUCCUGAGAGAAAUGUGCUGAUGAAUUUACAUGAGGACAUUUUUUUAAGGAAAUGCAAACUGGUGACGAACUGAAUUUUCUAUCAGCAAAAUGGCAGACAGAGAGAAACUGAAAUUGACAAGGUUCAUCCCUCCGUAAUUCCAAUUCCAAAGGGAGAAACAGAGACUAGAUUUACAACAUAAAUGGACCAUUUAUGUGCUACCAUAUUUGGCUGAGUUGCUUUUUACGUAGCACACAAUUGCUGGGCAACAUGAACAUGAUUGUAAGUGAAUAUUAAUGUUGUUUCUGCAGUAUACAAUUGAUUACAGCUUCUUUUCUAACCAUGCUUGCACAUACCUCUAGGCUUAAUGUGACAUUAAUUCAAGAGUCAAUCUGAAUUGGACAGAAAUUAGACUUGUAAUGGAUUUCACGUGGAUGAACAACACCUUGGAAACCUCUUCACCUCUUCAGAUAUGCAAAAGAAACCUUAAUUAUUUGGUAGGUUUAAAAAUAUGAGGGUCAGGGAAAGGAUAUGUCGACUCCUGUUUUCAGAAAAAAGGAAAAACCCUAUACGCUGCAAUAAAUCACAGGCUUAGCCCAAUGACAAAGCUUUAUGAAUUAGAUGUGGAUGGAAAGGCAAUACGCUGAUUUCAUUAAGAGCCUGUAAUGCAUUUUCUAAAUCUGAUUUGUGCGAAGAGACGCCAACAAUUUUACCUGCAUGGAUAUGGCUGAGGUUGGACGGUUUUGCAUGCUUAAGUUACUUAAAUGUGUCCAUAUAGUUUUGUGGCUGUGUUGCAAUUUUAAUUAUUGUCAUGAGCUGCCUCGAGUGUAUGACGAGGUGGUAUCUAGAUGUUUCAAGGAGAAAGAAGGAGACUACGAGAAGGGAGGCAUUUUGUCAUGUCAGCACUUAGCCGCUUUUUGUGCUAUUCAUUAUUUAGCAGCCAUGCUUUUUGGAUGCCUGUCAAAGAUCGCUUUGCAAUCCUGGAAAGAAUUCGGUUUCAAACCUCAGUGGAUCAUUUCAGAUGAUGAAGAAAAGCCUUGGAUUUUAUUUUUAGCACUUUGGAGAACAUCAAGAUUCAGUGACAGACCAACCUUUCACCAGAGUCCUGCUGGGUCAGACUGAAAGGUCCAUUUGAUUCAGCGUCCCAUUCUCUCUCUUUUUUAAAAAAUGAUUUUUAUUGAAGUUUCAAAACACCAACACCAACCAACAAAAACAUCACAUCUUAUUACAUAUAUCCUGCUUUAUGCUCCAUAGAGCCAUUGACUUCCAUCCUUCCCUUCCACCAGUUUUCCAGUCUAUAAUUCACAGUUUCUUUAAUUAAAAAUUACGCCAUGACAUGAGAUUUACUUCAAUCCUGCCAACAUUUUCAUAUUUGUACAGUUCUCACUUAUAUAAACCAUAAAUUUACUCCAUUCUU